CCCGCCCCCCUCCAGUGGAUAGGCGGGUUGUUAGCUGUUCCUGUCUAUCUCCCAGGGAUGCCGCUGAUGCCACUGGAGCUUGGCGAGCCUGGAGACACGUCCGCCGCCUCUGCUGCCUCCGCCGGGCUGUAUGAAGAGGACUCUGGAGCUGCCAGUGAGAACGGUCACCACGGCAACGUUGCUAGGCUGACGCUUGCGUGCUGCUGAGCCGGGUCUGUGGACGGUCACGUGCCUCAGGAUAUCAUACACGGGAGUCUCCCGGCUGUGACCCCCCUCAGAAGAGGAAACGCCGUGGGGUUCGUGCUGCCGUGUGCCCUUCCUCCCCUUUUUUUCUGUCCAUGCCAGGCUCUGCCAAGCUCGGGGCACCGUGACACUGCUGAGCCCGGCCCUGUGUGCCCGCUAUGCUCAUGAUGGAUCUGUCCCCCGGGGGAGACUCGUUAUCUAGCGGACAUGACUUGUUCCAGAGCUUCCAGGACCGGGACUUCCUCCCCGAGGACUCUCCAGGGGGGGCCGGAGGGAUCCUGGACCGCAUCCUGAUGGAGUCCGUGUGCCAGCAGCAGGGCUGGGUCAGAGUCUAUGAUGUAAAAGGACCCCCCACUCACAGGCUGUCGUGUGGCCAGUCACCAUAUACGGAAUGCACAACAUGGGAGAGGAAGUACUGCAUCCUGACUGAAAGCCAGCUGGUGCUUCUCAACCGGGAGGAUGAGAUGUCAGGCGAGACCGUGCAGGACCCACCAACGGAAAGCAGCAAAAGUCGGAGCCUCCGCAGGACAGUGAGUGUCCCCUCAGAGGGGCAGUUUCCAGAAUAUCCCCCAGAAGGUGCCUUGAAGCUGGAGGUGCCAGCCGAGAGGUCGCCACGAAGGAGAAGUAUAUCAGGAACCAGCACAUCCGACAAGGCUAGCUCCAUGGACCCUACCAACACCUCUCCAUUUAAAGUCUCUGGUUUCUUCAGCAAACGACUAAAAGGCUCAAUCAAGAGGACAAAGAGCCAGUCAAAGCUGGACAGAAACACAAGCUUUCGCCUUCCGUCACUACGUCCUGCAGAGAGUGACAGGUCACGUGGGUUACCUAAACUGAAAGAAUCUCGUUCCCAUGAGUCAUUGCUGAGCCCAGGCAGUGCGGUGGAGGCUCUGGAAUUAGGGAUAGAAGAUAAGAUCCUGGUGAAGCCACUACACAGCAGCAUAUUGGGCCAAGACUUCUGUUUUGAGGUCACUUACUCCAGUGGCAGCAAAUGUUUUAGCUGCUCAUCUGCAGCAGAGAGAGACAAGUGGAUGGAAAAUCUACGGAGGACCGUCCAACCUAAUAAGGACAACUGCCGGAGGGCGGAAAAUGUGCUGCGGCUGUGGAUUAUCGAGGCCAAAGACCUGGCCCCAAAAAAGAAGUAUUUCUGCGAGCUCUGCCUGGACGACACACUUUUUGCUCGCACCACAAGCAAAACAAAAGCGGACAAUAUCUUUUGGGGAGAGCACUUUGAGUUCUCUGGACUGCCCCCUAUCCACAAUAUCACCGUGCACAUCUAUAAGGAUGUAGAUAAGAAAAAGAAAAAGGAUAAGAACAAUUAUGUGGGCUUAGUGAACAUCCCCAUGGCCAGCGUGACUGGCAGGCAGUUUGUGGAGAAGUGGUACCCUGUGAGCACACCUACCGCUAACAAAGGCAAGACAGUGGGCCCUUCAAUACGUAUUAAAUCCCGCUAUCAGACAAUCACUAUCUUGCCUAUGGAGCAGUACAAAGAGUUUGCUGAGUUUAUUACUAUAAACUAUACAAUGCUAUGUUCUGUGCUGGAGCCGGUGAUCAGUGUCCGCAAUAAGGAGGAGAUGGCCUGCGCAUUAGUCCACAUUCUACAGAGCACCGGAAGAGCCAAGGACUUUCUAACUGAUCUAGUGAUGUCAGAGGUAGACAGAUGUGGUGACCAUGAUGUCCUAAUCUUCAGGGAAAAUACACUGGCCACCAAAGCCAUUGAAGAGUACUUGAAGUUAGUUGGGCAGAAAUACCUGCAUGACGCUCUUGGGGAGUUUAUCAAGGCCCUGUAUGAGUCAGAUGAAAACUGUGAGGUUGAUCCCAGUAAAUGUUCAUCUAACGAGCUUGCUGAGCAUCAGAGUAACUUAAAGAUGUGUUGUGAGCUGGCUUUCUGUAAAAUCAUCAAUUCUUACUGUGUUUUUCCCCGGGAGCUGAAGGAGGUGUUUGCAGCUUGGAAGCAGCAGUGUAUUAACCGAGGGAAGCAGGAUAUCAGUGAGAGACUGAUCAGUGCCUCCCUCUUCCUCCGAUUCCUGUGUCCAUCGAUCAUGUCUCCUAGUCUCUUUGGCCUCAUGCAGGAAUACCCUGAUGAUCGCACCUCCAGAACUCUGACUCUAAUUGCAAAGGUCAUCCAGAAUCUGGCCAACUUUGCUAAAUUUGGUAAUAAGGAAGAAUACAUGGCUUUCAUGAAUGACUUUUUGGAGCACGAGUGGGGAGGAAUGAAACGCUUCCUGCAAGAGAUCUCCAAUCCAGACACUAUCUCGAACACUCCGGGCUUUGAAGGAUACAUCGACCUUGGCAGGGAACUUUCUGUCCUACAUUGUCUCCUAUGGGAAGUGGUGUCGCAGUUAGAUAAGGGUGAAAAUUCCUUCCUACAGGCCACCGUGGAAAAACUGGGACCAUUGCCGCGCAUCCUAGCUGACAUCACCAAAUCUCUGACCAAUCCCACUCCCAUCCAGCAGCAGCUACGACGGUUCAGUGAACACAGCUCCACUCCAAAUGUAAGUGGCAGCCUCUCUUCCGGACUUCAGAAGAUUUUUGAGGAUCCUGCUGACAAUGACCUCCUUAAGCUGAAAUCUCCAACUAUUGAAGCUCAAGACUACUUCAGGGGGAAGACAUUACUGCUUGUUCAGCAGGCCUCUACCCAAAGCAUGUCUUAUUCAGACAAAGAUGAAAGAGAAAACGUGCUUCCCAAUGGGCGUAGUGUGUCCUUGAUGGACCUGCAAGAAUCUACUGUAAAUCACAGUGAGCGUUCCACUGUUGUUCAGGAGCCACCUUUGCGUUUAACUGGCAGCCAGCUGUCCAUUGCACAUGUAGCCACUAUAAAGCAACUGCGAGACAACCAGAGCACACCACAGAGUGCUCCUCAGGUCAGGAGACCCUUACACCCAGCUUUGAGUCAGCAGAACAGCUUGCAGCCACUGUCUUUCCAAAACCCUGUUUACCACCUCAACAACCCCCCACCCACCAUGCCCAAGGCUUCAGUGGACUCAAGCCUUGAAAACCUAAGCACUGCCAGCUCACGGAGCCAGAGCAACAGCGAGGAGUUUAUCCUCAGUGGACCCAGCAAUAGCAGCAUGGAAGACUUUACAAAAAGAAGUACGCAAAGUGAGGACUUCAGCAGGCGGCACACCAUGCCUGAAAAGCCCAUUCCUAUAGCACUGCCACGACAGAAUAGCACGGGGCAAGCUCAGAUCCGUAAGACUGACCAAGCAGCCCUGGGUGCUCGAGCCAAGGCCCCUCAGUCUUUGCCACACAGUGCCUCUAUACGCAGCACAGGCAGUAUGUCUGGAAUCUCUGCCACUCUGCUAGCUGAGCCUGUGCAGAAUGGGAACCGGUCAAGACAACAAUCCACCUCUUCCCGCGAGAGCCCUGUACCAAAGCUACGAGCCAUUCAUCGCCAGCAAACACAGCAGGUGCAGUCUCCAGUGGACUCAGCCACAAUGUCUCCAGUGGAAAGGACAGCAGCCUGGGUGCUGAAUAAUGGUCAGUAUGAAGAUGAAGAAGAGGAAACCUUGGAUCAAAACAAAGAUGAAGUCAAACCUGCUGAGAAGUAUGAGCAAGAGAUCGCCAAGCUUAAAGAACGACUGAAGGUUUCCAGCCGUCGCCUGGAGGAAUAUGAAAGGCGCCUCCUGGUGCAGGAACAGCAGAUGCAGAAACUGUUAAUGGAGUACAAAUCUCGACUGGAGGACAGUGAGGAACGGCUGCGUCGGCAGCAGGAGGAGAAAGACAGCCAAAUGAAAAGUGUCAUCAGCAGGCUAAUAGCGGUAGAAGAGGAACUGAAGAAGGAUCAUGCAGAGAUGCAGGCUGUCAUCGAUGCAAAGCAAAAAAUCAUUGAUGCACAGGUCAUUAAUGGGACUGUAACGCAAACAGGAGAAGAGGAUCAUGUCACUGGACGCAGCCAACACACGACUGAUGAGCGCUCUGACGCAAGUAAAGGAGCGCUAUAGCUCACAAGUUCGGAACGGCAUCUCUCCGACCAAUCCUACCAAGUUAUCCAUUACAGAGAAUGGGGAGUUCAAAAACAGCAGUUGCUAAU